AGUAAAAUCCGAAUGUGUAAGAGCGACUAUUUGCUGACUAUCUUCAUCUUCAUCUUCUAGUUCUUCGCUUUCAGAUCCCAACACAACAAAAGUAAAGGCUCUUCGUCUCUGUGUCGCCUUUCGGACGAUCCGACGUCGUUUCGCCUCUGUUGCUCUGGAAGAUUCCAGAGCUUGAAGAAGAAGAACAGCCAUGGACGCUCUGCGGAAACAAGCCAGCAAGCUCAGAGAACAGGUCGCCAAGCAACAGCAGGCAGUAAUAAAGCAGUUUAGUGGAACUGGUUAUGAAAGCUCAGAUGUAAUGGUAAUAGAUGAGAUUGAGAUGCAGAGACAUCAACAACUAGAGAAACUUUACAGAACCACUCGUGGAGGAAAGGACUUUCAGAAAGAAAUUGUCAGAGCCGCAGAAUCAUUUGUGGCCAUAGGAUACAAGCAUGUUGAAACAGGAACCAAACUGUCCGAGGACUGUUGCAAAUAUGGAGCUGAAAACAUCGACGAUAACAUACUAGCAAAAGCUGCUUCAAUAUAUGGUGACGCUCGCAAGCAUGUAGAAAAAGAACAAGAAGAAUAUAACAAGCUGCUCUCUUCACAGAUUUUAGAUCCACUGAGAGCCAUGAUUACUGGUGCUCCUCUUGAAGAUGCUCGUCAUCUUGCACAACGUUAUAGUCGAAUGAGACAAGAAGCUGAGACACAGGCAGUUGAAGUUUCCAGAAGACAAGCAAGGGUAAGGGAACUCCCAAACCCUGAACAGGUUGCAAAGCUGCAUGCAGCGGAGGCAAAGAUGCAAGAACUCAAAGCAAAUAUGGCAGUUCUAGGCAAAGAAGCUUCAACUGCAUUGGCUGCUGUUGAAUCACAGCAACAGAGACUGACUUUCCAAAGGCUUGUUGCACUGGUUGAAGGAGAAAAGAAUUAUCACCUAAGAAUCGCGGCUAUUCUUGGCGAUGUUGAGGCUGAGAUGGUGACAGAGAAACAGUGGAGAGAGUCAGCUCCUCCUGUGAUUCCAUCAGAUAAUUUCUCUGGGAACAAAAUGUACUUCUUGGCUGAAGCAACGCAUCCCUUUACUGCUACCUCCGAGAAGGAAUUGAGCUUGUCAGUUGGUGACUAUGUUGUCGUGCGAAAGGUGAGUCAAUCAGGAUGGUCGGAAGGAGAGUGCAAAGGCAAAGCUGGGUGGUUCCCAUCAGCCUUUGUGGAGAAGCGCCAGAGAAUUCCGACCACCAUCGAUGUUGCUACUGAAGUUCAUUGAUUUGUUUGUUCUUCUGAUGUUGUUCAUCUCUGCUGUAACGGACAAGAGUUGGAUCGACACUAUUUUUGUUCAAGUCUUACUUUUGGAAAUUUAAAUUUUGGCAUGUUUUGCCCCCAUUUUUAAGGAAGAACCAUUAUGUGUGUAUAUUCUUUUGUAUACAUUCGAAGAAGAUGGAGCGAGAAUCUCUUUGGUUA